CAGAGCAUCUUCUGAAACACUGGAAAGUGACAGCGGCAAUAGCGGCAUCUCCUUCCUGGGAGAGUGAGGAGGACUCCCCCUCGAUACGACUUCCAGCCGACAGGGAGCGGACCCAGACGAUGCGAGGGUACCCGACGUAGAACCCCCUGGUCUGGAGGUCCUGGCCGAAGGUGUCCUGCGACAGAAAAGAGCGACUUCUGUGGUCUGAGUGCAAUGGAGCCCAGGAAGCAUCUGUCAGGGAGGAGAGCCAGGUCUCUGGAUACGUCGCAGAGCCCCAAGAAGGUCCGCCGGUGCUUCUCCCUGCCCACUACCCCCUCCAGGAGGAUGCUUCACCAGGCAGCCAGCGAUGGGAGCAGAUGUCCCCAGAGCCCAGCUCAGUCUGUGGAAGCCCAGGAUGCCACGGCCACAGCCCACAGCCUGGAAGAGACCAGGGAGUUUCUUCCCACUGACCAGAGGCUGCCACAGGACACCAAGAAGGAAAAGACCCAGAGACGGGGCCAGCAGGGGUGGCUGAAGACCUUGAUGAACUUCCUCCUGAGGACAGGCCCGGAAGAGCCCAAAGAAAAGGCCAGCCGGAAGGCAAAAGGGAAGGAGGGCUUCCCCAAGCCUGCAGAAACCCCGGAGGCACCAGGGGAGACAGCUCCGAGGAAGAAAGCCCACGACAAGAAGGCCAGUCGCAAGAAACACAGUCACAAGAAACAUGUUGCUGACGAAACCAAGGGGGCCCAAGAUCAGGAGGCCGAAGGCCAAGAGAUAGGGCUGCCCAAGAUGGCUGCCGCCCCACGCCCUGAGGAGGCUGACCUGGGCCCAGCACCCAAGGGUGGGAAAGGUUCUGGUCUCCACCAGUCCUUGCUCAUUGAAGCUGGGGGUCCUGCAGCAUCCGAGGUUUCUUCUCAAGCCACAGGUCAUAGGCCCGAAGAGGAACUCAGACAGCUUGACCAGGAUAAAAUCAUCAAGAUGAUAGUGGAAUUCCUCCAAAAAGUGGGAGACCAGUGGGAGGAAGAGCAGCUUCAAGCUCCUCAACCAGAGGUGGUUGUACAGAUUCCAGUGUCAUUUGACAGGAAGAAAUUCCAAGAGAAAAAGUCUAGCUUCAAGAGAGCAUUUUCUCAUAAGAAACAUGGCUCUGAGGAGGCUAAGAGAGCUGGGCCUGCAGACGUUUCCAGCCCGGAGUCCCGGCCACCCAAGAGGCCCAGCUUUCUCCCCCUGUGUGUUGGGGGCCAUCAGCCCUCCACCUCCAGCAGCCCUGGCUCGGAGGAACCCAAAGUCCAAGAGGUCCUGCCUACAGACAGUGGGGGUCUGAGUCCCUUGGAGCUUUCCACCCCAGCAGGGAGCCAGGGACCCGAAGAGGACUUGCAGGCGAACAGAGCCUUGGAAUUCAGAGAAUUCAUCCAGAAGAUCAUUGCCCUACUCCAGGAUGCGGAAGGGCAGGGGGGAGAGCUUCGAGUCCAGGAACCAGAGGUGGCUGUAGAAAACCUGUCCCCACCCUACAGAAGGAGAUCCCAAGAGAAGAAGUCCAGCCUCAGAAAAGCUUUUUCUUAUAAGAGACAUGGCCCCAAGGAGCCCAGGAGAGCGGGGGCCACAAGUGCUGCCAGCCUGGAGUCCCGGCCGCCCAAGAGGCCCAGCUUUCUGCCCCUGUGUGUGGGGGGCCAUCAGCCCUCCACCUCCAACAGCCCCGACCUGGAAGAUGUCGAGUUCCAGGAGUCCUCGCCUGCAGAAGAGACACCUGUGGGAUCCUCAGACGCGCCCUCCCAGACCAGAAGUCACCAGCCAGAGGGGGGACCUCAGCCAGACAGAGUGUUCGAAUCUAAGGAGCUGGUCAUCCAGAAUCUGGUGGCCCUUCUCCAAGAAGUGGAUGGCCAGUUGGGGGAGCAGAUCAGGCGACAUCCCAGCUUCAAGAGGUUUUUCUACAAGGUCUCGGACUCCUCCCUCAGGAAGCUGGCAGCCACCCUGCACAGCCAGAAAGCCCGCUCUCCUGAGCUGGGCAGGAACCUCACCAAGAGACCCUACCAGCUUGCCUUUGGCUUCACCAACAAAUUUGCCAGCAACAAUAGCCACGCCGUCUUCAGCCUCAUGGGCCUGUGCUACAGCCAUGCCAGUUACACCCACUUCCCGUACAGGGAGGCCCAGCAGAACAUCACAAAUCCUGAGAGCCAGAGUCCAGAUUAAGAGCUGUGCUUUGUGCUCAAGUUCCCUUGAGCUAUCAAACAAUGGCGGCUUUGACCAGGAGCCUCGGAAGAUGCCUCACGAUAGCCCAAUCCAGUGCUUCACAGACAUGAAUGAAGACGAGAGUGGAUGGCCACCUGUGUCCCUGAGCCUUUGUGGGCUCUCUGAGACUGAGAUACACAAAGC